AUGACUGGCACUCAAGCUGGAGAUGUUGCUUCUAGUUCAAAUGUUGCUUCUAGUUCAACCACAUCUCGUUUGGAUUUUUCAAGUGCUUUUUAUCUGCAUCCUUCAGAGAAUGCAGGAUCAUCAUUGUUACCUGGAGUUUUCGAUGGUACUGGUUACAGAUCUUGGCGAAGAGCAGUCCUCAGAGCAUUAUCAGUUAAAAGCAAAACAGGUUUCAUUAAUGGAGCAAUUACGAAACCAAUAUCUACUGAUCCUAACUUCAUGCAGUGGGAAAGAUGUGAUGAUAUGGUCACAUCUUGGAUCUUGAAUUCCUUAUCUCCAGAGUUGCGUGACAGCCUGCAAUAUGUGAAUAAUGCCAAGGAGUUAUGGGCAGAAUUAGAGGAAAGAUAUGAUCAAACAAAUGGAUGUAAAUUGUAUCAGUUACAGAAGGAGAUAAAUGAGCUUGUUCAAGGUACUUUAGAUAUCACCAAGUACUACACAAUAAUGAAAAAGCUGUGGGAGGAGAUGAGCACAGUUGACAUUAAUUCUCAAUGCACAUGUGUGUGUUCUUGUGGAGGAAAAACAAAAUUGCAAAAGGCUGAGCAAGACAGAAGAUUGACACAUUAUUUAAUGGGGUUAAAUGAAAUGUACACUACUGUUAGAGGUAGUAUUCUCAUGAUGAACACUCUUCCUAGCAUGGCUCAAACUUUUGCUAUUCUAUGCCAAGAGGAAAAGCAAAGAGAAGUAAAGCCACAUAAUCAUACAACCUUGGAUUCUACUUCUCUCAAUGCUUAUGGACAAUACAACAAUAAUGCAGGUUACAAAGGAUUCAGAACAAAUUACAGUUCAUCUAAAGGGGCUGGAUCCAGUUCUGGUAACAAUAUGUCUAGAGGGAAUUCAAGUAUCAAUAGGUCUACCUUAGUGUGUGAUUAUUGCAAGAAGUCAGGACACACGAGAGAUAGAUGUUAUAAACUUCAUGGAUAUCCAUCCAAUCCAAAGUUUCAAAAAGGAAAAGGAACAAGUUCUACAGCAAACAUGUGUACUUCUGAUAUGAAUACACAACAAUCUGAGGAAGAGACUCAAAUGGGAAAUCAGAUGCCAAUGAACCUGUCCAAAGAUCAGUAUGAACAAUUACUCAACAUCUUGGGAAGUAUACAAACUGGAAAUGGAGAUAGAGACUUUGCAUCAGAAAAAGAUGAGUUUCAAGGGGUUUUAGUGGGGUUUUCAGAAAUUUUGUUUUCUGCAUUAGUGAGGUUUAUUUUCUUCAGCAUAACAGCUGUGCCUGGAUCUGCUCUGAAGAUCUUCGUUGCUAGACAGUACUGGAGCAAAAUUAACUUCUCCACAAGCGAGUUUACGAGUCGCUUUUUUGAGAUCUUUAUUCGUUAUAAUCUUGUUUCUGAUUGGAAAUAUAGUGGGCUAAUACUUGGGUGA